AUGGACAGGCCUGGAGGCAGCGGAGCGCCGGAUGGAGAUUCGUUGGAGGCCGGGCCCGCGGCGGACUUGCCGAGAGUGGUUGAGAUCGCAGAGGCCGGGGACCUAAUAUUGGACCUCUUGUUUGAGAACUCAAAAGCUACUUUGAAGUCGAGUCGGAAAACCACGCCCAUUCUGGCUGAUCGAUCUGUAAACCCUGCUAAGGCCAGGAGUCGCAUCGGGUUCCGGGUUGACCUCGCGAUACUGAAGAAGCAGUCCAAGUACUUUGAGAAGCUGCUGGGAGACAGCCGCUUCCAAGAGGCAAACUUGAUCACCUCCGCGUUGGAAGCGCUCUCUAUUAAGGGCAUACAGCCAAAGUCGGCCGACAUCAGGGACCUCCCGUGGGUCAAGAUCACAGAUGACGAUGAAGCCACCCGGCUGGCGCACCGCGAGGAGGCGUUUGGCGAUAUGCUUAGGGUCCUGCACGGGAAGGGCGUCGCAACGGAGCCAGUGACCCUGGAUUUCACGGCUACCCUGGCCGUUCUGGCCGACCGUUUCGACUGCGCUGCUCCCGUGUCCAAGAUCAUGGCCUCGGGCCUGAAGUUGAAGUGGCCCGUCACCCAACGGAAAUCCCUGGCAGGGGAGGACUCGAAAAUGAGCCGCAGCGCCGAGAACGCCCUGCGGCAGAAGAUCCUGAUAUCGUGGCUCUUGAACCAGCCCACGAGGUUCCAGGCCGCCACGCGGGAGUUGAUCAUGAACGGAUCGAGGAAAUGGACGGCGUUCCCAGAGCCGGACGACGGCACCGAGGAGGCAACCUGGUGGCACCUGCAAGAUGGGCUGGAACAAGAGCUCCAGUUCCGGCGCGAGUGCAUCCUCAACACGAUCGCCUCGGUGCCGCGGCACUUCCUGACGCUGUACACGUCGCGGGCGCGGCAGUGCCAGCUGGGCUACGACUCGAGCGCGGCGUGCGACUCGUACCAGCUGGGGGAGAUGUUCAAGUUCUUCACCAACCGGGGCCUGCUGUUCGCCGUCGACUUCUCGCCGGCGUCGCUGGACCUGAUCGCCGACACGGCGCUGCUGCCCGUCGACGUCGUGCUGGCCGCCCUGCGCCAGUGCCCCAGCUACCAGAUCGACAAGAACCACAUGAACUGCGGCCUGCGCACGCGCAUCGUGCCCAUCCUCGACUUCGUCAAGGCGCUGCUCUCGGCCAACUCGGUGCCGCUCAGCCGGCUGCCGUGGAAGAACGACCGCCAGAGGACGGCGUGGCUGCCGCGCGAGGGCGCCCGGGAGGACGUGCGGGAGGCGAAGCCUUUUCAGUUCACUCGGGCCAUGUCCAAUGACCAGAGGCUCCGGUUCGAGCACGCUAUGGGAGCCGACAAGUUUGCCAGGGACGUGUUUACUGCACCGGGAUGGAUCUGGACCGAGUCAUAG